AUGGAUUCCCAGCAGUUUCGGGAGUUUGGAAAAGCAGCCAUCGACUUUCUGGCUGAUUACUACGAUAACAUACGCGACCGAGAUGUAUUGCCCUCAGUCGAACCAGGGUACCUUAUCAACAAGUUGCCGAAAGAAGCGCCUGAACAAGCAGAAGAUUGGAAAACUAUUUUUGAACAUUUUACCGACAGCGUUGUCCCCGGAACAACAAGAUGGCAUUCGCCGCAAUUUCAUGCGUAUUAUCCCACGGGCACCUCCUUUGCUAGUAUCAUCGGAGGCUUAUUAGGAGAUGGCUUAGGAGUUGUAGGAAUUACUUGGAUGGCCAGUCCUGCGUGCACGGAAUUAGAGGUGGUCACUAUGAACUGGCUUGGACAACUUUUAGGUCUACCAAAAGAAUUCUUAAAUUGCUCUCCCGGUUCAGGUGGCGGUGUAAUCCAGGGCUCAGCCAGCGAGGCGACGCUCGUUUGUUUAUUGGCAGCUAAAGAUAAAAUGAUUCGUCGACUCAAAUCACUCAAUCCUGACAUAGACGAGGACUUGACUAAAAUUAAAUUUGUAGCAUAUUCGUCCGAUCAAAGCAAUUCGUCAGUGGAAAAAUCGGGCCUGCUUGGAAGUAUGAAAAUGAAGCUACUAAAAGCUGAUCCCAGCGGAAGACUACGCGGGCAUACGCUACAAAAGGCAUUUGAAGAAGACAUAGCGAACGGGCUUAUACCGUGCUAUGUUGUUGCUAAUUUAGGAACGACAGGAACCUGUGCUUUCGAUCCUCUAGAUGAGUUGGGUCCGAUUUGUCAGAAAUAUAAUGCAUGGCUACAUGUUGAUGCCGCUUACGCCGGCGCUGCUUUCAUUUGUCCGGAGUAUAGGCAUUUAAUGAAAGGAAUCGAAUACGCAGAUUCUUUCGAUAUUAACGCACACAAAUGGCUUCUAGUCCUCUUUGACUGCUCAACCAUGUGGGUGAAAGACGGAUAUGACUUAAUUAACGCCUUCGAUGUGCAAAGAAUUUACCUGGAAGACGUUAAGGCCGAAAUAAAGAUACCAGAUUAUCGACACUGGCAGAUGCCAUUGGGAAGACGGUUCAGAUCUUUAAAACUGUGGACAGUCAUGAAGUCGUACGGUGCUGAAGGCUUACGAAACCACAUACGAAGUCAAGUUGGUCUCGCUCAACACUUUGCGAAUUUGGUACAAGCAGAUGACAGAUUCAUAAUUGAGCCGGAACCGGCAAUGGGCUUGGUUUGCUUUAGGCUCAUUGAAGGAGACAAGAUUACAAAGAAAUUACUGAAUAACUUGACAGAAAAAAAGAAAAUAUUUAUGGUAGGCGCGUCCUGUAAGGGUCGUUUUAUUAUACGAAUGGUCAUUUGUUCACAGUUCACAACAAAAGAAGAUGUUGAAGUGAGUUGGAAGCUCAUUAAAGACGAGACUGAUACUUUAAUCACAUACGAAAAGGUGCAUAUGAAAUCUAUAACAACAAUGAAUGAAAAUAUAAAAAAUAUUAACAUGUGUGAGAAAUCCAAAUAG